AAAAAUAUUAUUUAAAAGAUUCGAAAAGACAAAAGAAAUUGAAUUACCUUCGCCGCAGAAAGAAGAAAAGAAAACAUCGUAAAUUUAAAUGGACUCGAUGAUUGCGAUGGGACACGGUGACGAAAAAAUCCACUCAAUUUCGUGAAAUGAUAAAGGUUUUGUGCCGGAAAAGUUGUAAAAAAUGUAUCGUGCAGCCGGUACACUUUGCCUAAUUAUCUGCGUGCUGCAAUUGUUAUUUUCGCUUGGACAGAGUCAGUGCCCAGAGUAUUUCCGAUACUACCGAAAUGAGACAAAUGGUGAAAUAUCAGGACUCGUGGAGAUUCCAUCUCCCCCACAAGGUGUACCCUUGCAUCUAAGCGUCAUUUUGAGCAUUGCAACAGUUUUACCUACCAAAUACAUGGGCAAAUUGGAACUGGCCAAAUCAAAAGAUGAGUCAGUUCGCGAUGUGCUUCAGGGUAAAUCGUUGUACUACCGAGUUCAUUUUCCUGUGACUCGGCCUUUUCCAACAGUGUUGAGUAUAUCCUUGAACGAUAUCCUUUUUUGCCGUGGAGAACCAGCGUACGGGGUAGUCGUGACUAACAUUAUCCUGGAGCACACGCUGUAUCCUCCCCGAGUGAUUAUCCCCACGGCGGAGCAGCUACUGAGUUUUCUCUCGGAUCAAACGACGACGGCAGCCUACGAUGACGUUCUACCGAUCAAUUUGAUACCCUCGUUCGAUACCACGACCGAGAAACGUCGACCACCGAGUACCACGGAAGCGCCAACUACUACUACCACUACUACUAAUUUGGCGAUUUAUACGGAGCCGGCGACCUCCAGGCCGAUUAGUAGCGACGACUCUUCGUCGUGCGGAGUCGUGAGUUCCUCCUACGGUGCUUCGGUUUCGAACAAACGCGAGAAUUGGCCCUGGCUCGUCGCCAUAUUUACGAAAAAGGAGAGUUUGGAGUUUCAAUGCACCGGCAAUCUCAUAUCACGGACGCACGUAAUCACGGCCGCGCACUGCUUGCAAGAGGACGUCGACGUGCCCAUUAGGGCCGAGCAAUUGAUCGUCGCGCUCGGCAUACACAAUAUACGCAACGAGCAAGAACCCGGCCAGAUCCGCGUCGGCGUUCGAAGCUACGACUUUCAUCCGGACUACAAGAAUCCCGAUAGCGCCGAUUCCGAUUUGGCCAUCGUCAAGCUCGCGGAGCGCGUCGAGUUCUCCGCCCAGAUUCGACCGAUCUGCCUCUGGAUGAGCCGAACGGAUCUGAAGGACGUCGUAGGAAAAAGCGGCUACGUCGUUGGCUGGAGUCUGGGUGGCAAUAACGGCCGCUACAAUCCAGAGCCGCGGGCUUCCAGAGUACCCAUCGUUUCGCAGGAAGAAUGUCUCCGAAGCAACGUCAACUUUGCCGACAUCGUGUCCGAGAGGACUUUUUGCGCCGGUAGACGCGACGGAAAGGGCCCUUGCGACGGCGACAGCGGCAGCGGCCUCGUCAUGUUUCAUCCGCGCCACGCGCGUUACCAUCUCCGAGGCAUAGUUUCCAUCAUGAUGUUGGACAUCAGAACGAGAAGCUGCGAUCUUCAAGAGUACGUGAUCUACGUCGACGUAGCCAAAUAUCUGCCUUGGAUUCGCCAACAAAUAUAUUAUUGAGUAAUUUUUUUUUAUCACUUUUUAAGACUUACAAGUGACGACACAAUUUCGUGAACAUUUUGUUGUGUAAAUUGUGUACAGACAGCACUCGCGAAUUUUAAUUGUGCCUCCAAAUAUUUUUUAACCAUCAACAUUUUGAAAGUAAUUAAACUUUUAGCAGUUAGUUAUUCAUCGGA